AGUAUCUAUGUGCGAAAGGAUUUGUUUGAACCCGUUUACGUUUCUUAAAUAAAUAAAUUUCCGUCAAAUGCCAAUUUCAUGUUUUUCAGUGAGUGGGGAAAAGAAGAAAGAAAUUUUGGACCUUGCCCAAGAAUGUCCUGCUGAUAAAUUAAAAAUUGUGGAACAAUUUUUCAAUGAAAAUACAUCACCAGCAUAUAAUUUAGAAAUUUUGCAAAAGAAAUUAGAAGAAAAUGUUGCACAUUAUUCCAUUGUUUAUGAUGCAAUUGUCAAAGACUCGCUACCUUUACUAAAACUCUAUUAUUUAAUAACAAAUACAAAUGUAAAUAAUAAUAUAAUAAUAAAUGAAUCUAACGGAGAAACUCCACUUCAAUGCGCACUAAAUAAAGGAAAUUACAAAAUUGCCUUAUUUUUAACAAAUCAAAUUUAUAAAAUCACUCUAAAUAAUCAUAUGGAAUUGAUAAAAUUUCUCCAAACUAAAUUUAACGAUUGUUAUAUAUCAGAUUUUAAAUCUGGUGUUAAAUUUUCAACAUUAUUAUUUUUUGCCUCAACAUUGAAUAAAGAUGCAUUUGAAAUGAUUUUAUCCUCAUCUCCAAUUAAUCAUCUUUACGAUAAUCAUCCACAUUUCGAUGCAACACUUUUAAAUUUAAUUAUUUCAUGGGGUAAUAAAACUAUAUUAAAAUUGGCAAUUAAAUAUGGUGCAAAUUUAAAUUAUGGUUCGAAUUUUUAUGAUAAACCACUUUACGAAGCAAUAUUGUAUUGUCCAAAAAUGAUUUCAAUUUUAAUAAAAAAUGGAGCUAGACUUCAUUCCAAUGAUGAUAAUUUUGAACGACAUCACGUUAUUCCACUUCGUGAUUUAGGAAGAAUAAAAUAUUACAAAAUUAUUAAGAAAAUGAAAAAAUUUGGAAUUGAUUUUUAUAAAAAAUUUUUGACCAACGAAAAUGAAUUACACGAUUUAUGUCGAUUUGCCGCUGAUGAUAAUUGUAAAUCAUUUUUGCUUGCAAUCGAAAAAGGUGCCGAUAUUAAUCAUAUGAAUGAUGAUAAUUAUUGUCUUUUAAAAUUUGCAAUCAAUGAUAAUCUUCUUGAGAGAUAUAGCAAAGAUUCAAUAAUUUUGAUAUUAGUGUCGAUAAUUGUUAAAAUGAUUGAGAAUAGAGAUUUUGUUAAUAAAGAUAAUAUUGAAUGUUUAAAUGAUAAAAAGGCACGAACUUUCUUUGUGAAUUGUAAAAAAGAAAUUUAUUAUUUAAGGGGGAAAAAAAUCAUUGAAAAUAUUUCAAUUACGUAUUAUGAUUUUUUGACCAGUGAUGUACAAAAAUUAACUGCUCUUGCUAGAAAUAAGGAAAUAUUAAGGAAUUUUCGAUUGUCAAAUUAUGCAAAGGAAUUUCCUAUUUACGAGCAACAUUUGAAAAGAAAUUUUGAAAGAUCAAUUUGGAGAUUGCAAAAAGUGGAAGAAAUUUGUGAAAUUUUUGUAAAUAUUAAAUUUCCACCAUUAAUUGUUGAAAAAAUAUGCGGUUAUUUGAAUGACCAUGAGCUUACGAUGUCGAAAAAUUAUUUUCAAUCUCUUAAAGAAUUUCUUUUACAAAUAAAAAUUGUAUAACUGAUAAUUAUUAAAACUACGAGGAUCUGGGUUUUUUAAAAAUAUUUUUUACCAUAUAAAUAAACUGAAGAAACUAUUUUUGUCAUUAAUGUAAAUA